CACAGAGGUUGCUACUGCAGCAACACGUAUUGGUUUAGCUUUGUGUGCUGCUCCUGAUGCACAAAUUCGGGGCCUUUUCCAGCAGAGUUUGUUGUGAGGUCACAGGUUGGGAGGAUGACCGCUCGAGUGGAUUUCUUGUUGAUUGCUGUUUUUUUGUAUCUUUUCGGAUACUUGAGCAUAACUCAUGCUAUUCAAAGACUAAACACAGUGGAUGGUUUUUGUCCGGCGACACUGACGUUCGUGCCGUCCCAUCGAGCAUGUUCUUCUGAUGAAGACUGCCCUGGAGGACACAAAUGCUGUCGAUUUGACUUUGGUCCUGUUUGUGUGCUGCCUGUUUUCAUGAAGCCAGGUCAGUGUCCCCUACCAGAGAUGAUUUCACGGUGUGCUGAAAGCUGUUUCCAUGAUGGCCAGUGUCCUGCCACACAGAAGUGUUGCCCAACCACCGGUGGCUUUGCAUGCAGUGAACCACGUCGUCAGGGAAGAGGUCCGAUGAGUUGUCAGGGACAUGGACCAGUUCGGGGCCAGGGAAAGGGCAGCGGCCAGGGAAAGGGCAGCGGCCAGGGACUAGGAAGCGGUCUGGGUCAAGGUCAGGGCCGGGGCCAUCGACGGGGACAGGGAAGGGUACGUGGAAAGGGAAGCAGCCAGGGUCAGGGACAAGGUCAGGGCCAUGGAAGUGGCCAGGGACGGGGCCAGGGUCAGGGACCAGGCCAGAGAAGUGGUCAGGGACAAGGCCAGGGUCAGGGACAAGGCCAGGGAAGUGGUCUGGGACAAGGACAGGGCCGGGGCCGUGGAAGCGGUCUGGGCCAGGGAAGCGGCCGGGGCCGUGGAAGCGGUCUGGGCCAGGGAAGCGGCCGGGUACCGGGUCAGGGCCAGGGAAGCGGCCGGGUACCGGGUCAGGGCCAGGGAAGCGGCCGGGUACCGGGUCAGGGCCAGGGAAGCGGCCGGGCGAUCACUGCUGCUCAGAGACGUGGAGGAGAAGUGGAGACCACCGAGAAAUGGUCAGCGGGCCAGAACAAGCAGCACCUGGUGACCCAAGAACACAUCCAAACUGGACCGCGAGACCGAAGACUCCACCAUCCGCGUGUGCCACUGGAGGUGGUCAAAGUCAUCCAGAAAGGCCGUCAAGACAAGGCUCUGACCCAGAAAGACCUGGCCACUAAAAUCAACAAGAAACCUCAGAUCAUCGCCGAAUAUGAAAGUGAGAAGGCGAUCCCAAAUAAUCAUGUCAUGGGAAAAAUUGAGAGAGCCAUCGGUAAGCAGCUCUUCCACAGUGCUGUGGCCAAGUAUUGA